UUGUGGGCAGGGGCCCUUUAAAUUGGAUCUACAGCGAGAGAGAGAAAGAGACUGACUCCAUGCUGUCUGUGCCGCAGCUGUGGGCAGCGGACAUGCUCCAUCUGUCCAUCCUCCUCCUCCUCCUCCUCCUCCUCCUGCAUCCGUCCAUCCAUCCAUCCCGGCCUCCGAUGCGCUGACAUGCCGCGUGGAGCUUGCCGUCGGAGCCUCACACGAGGAUGAAAAUGCUCCGCUUCCGCAGCCCCAGCAUCCGCUCCUUGGAGAACCACCACCAGAUCCCGUGCACCAUCCGCCUGCUGGACGACUCUGAGAUCUCCUGCAGCAUCCAGAGAGACACCAAAGGCCAGUUCCUGUUCGAGCGUGUGUGCAAUCACUACAACCUCCUCGAGAAGGACUACUUUGGUAUUCGCUAUGUGGAUCCUGAGAAACAGAGGCACUGGCUGGAGCCGAAUAAAGCUGUGGUUCGACAAAUGAAGUCUCUGCAGCCCUUCAUCAUGUGCUUCAGAGUCAAAUUUUACCCACACGAACCCAUGAAGAUCAAAGAGGAGCUUACAAGGUACCUGCUGUACCUGCAGCUGAAGAGAGACGUCUACCACGGCCGUCUCCUCUGUCCCUUCGCGGAAGCUGCCUAUCUGGGCGCGUGCAUUGUGCAGGCCGAGCUGGCGGACUAUGACCCAGAGGAACAUCCGUCCGACUAUAUCAGAGACUUUAGGCUUUUUCCCAAACAGUCGCUCAAACUGGAGCGGAAGAUCAUGGAGAUACACAAGACUGAGCUCAGGGGUCAAUGUGCUGCCUUAGCGGAACUCAACAUGCUCCAAAGGGCUCACAACCUUGAAACAUACGGGGUUGACCCUCACCCAUGCAAGGACUUCACUGGCUCCACAGCCUUCCUCGGGUUCACAGCGACCGGUUUUGUGGUCUUCCAGGGAAACAAGAGGAUCCAUCUUCUCAAAUGGGCUGACGUCAGUAAGCUCAAGUUUGAAGGGAAAACGUUUUACGUCAUCGGCAUUCAAAAAGAGAUCUCCUUAACAGGCAGGAUACACUGUAACAGGAUGGUGGGUGUGUUAACGUCCUCACUCCCAUCAAGUGAUGUUACCCAAACACAAGACGCCUUCUAGUCCAAAAUAAAAUCAUUUCCCCAUUCAGAGUUACUAAAAGACAUUUUUUUGCCUAUUCUGGAGCUAAUUUUAAUUGUAAUUGCCUGAUUAGGCAUUAGGUCUACCUAAUGAAUAGGGUUGAAAUGGUUUAUAGUUUCCCGAUAAGUCGUGACGAAAUUUUAAAUCAGACAGCGAAGAAGACAUCAGACGCAUAUUCUGCGGUGCUACAAAACACAAUGAAAAGUGGCCUAGAUGAUGACAAUAUUUUUUUAAUUGAAAUUCAUGCGAUAGCGUCUUUCGUCUAAUAUAUGUUUUCAAAUUUUAUUUUGGUUGUUUUUGUAAGCUUUUGUUUUUUCAAUAAACAUUUUUGGGUUUUUUCAUUUUUUUAUAAUUUUGCAUCAUGUUUUAGUAUUGUUUCCAAUAUUUGUCUUUUCUUUCCAAUCUGUGUAUUAUUCAUCUAACAGCUUGUAUUUUUUGUGUCAUAUUUUGAUUAUGUAUUUUUAUUCCCAAAAAUAUUGGCUUUUUUUCCUCUAAAAUAUGUUUUUGUAUUUUCCUAAACUGUUUGUAUUUUGUCAUCUAAUAUUUGUGUAUUUUUGUUCGAAUAUAUUUUUUUA